CCCGGAUGGAUAUCACAUUGAGCGGCAGAAGUUGGACACAUGACGAUAAAAAAAUAGCGUGUUUUUUGCCUUGAGAUGGAAUUAAACGCGAACAAACCCAGUUCACAGGCCCUGUUGUCAUGCGGCGUCGGUGGAAGAGGUUUGAGUGAUAAACUUCUGCUGAAGCCAAAAGCUGGCAGGACACUGCAGACAGAGAGAGUCCCAAAAAGCAGCGUGUUGGAACGGCUGCAGGGCUUCCUGCCUGAGAUGGCCAAGGCCAAUGAGAAGCUGAAGCAGCAGAUGGAAGAAGCUCCCGCUGGAUGCUUUGACAUAGAGAGGGUGGAGGAAGCCGACAGAGUCAUUGAGAUGGACGUGGCACUGGUGGAACUCAACGAGUCGGACUUUGAAUCUGAAGAUAACGAGGAGACGUCCGAUUCUGAGGACGAGUCAGACUGUGAGGACAACACGGAGAUCACAGAAGACAACCUAAGACUGCCAGGACAAUGUAGUAAGGAGAAAAAGGCCAACAUCCAGGUUCUGGACUCACAGGGGGAGUAGAUAAGAAAGACUUUCAGAUGUUGAGCUGAUGUGAUCGUAUUGAAGUUGCUUGAAGCUGAAACCUGUGUUGUGGAAUAUU